UUAGCUGGAGCCGUCAUGGCCGCUUGCGGCAGGAGGCUCCUGGAGCAGGCGGGUGUGAGGGCCCUUGCUACGGCGUCCGCGGGCCGGCCCGCAGCGCGCUGCCGGUGCUUCUCUUCCUCUGGACUUCUGAGUGCUAACAAUGGAGAACCUGCAAAAUUUCAGCCACCUCCAAAGCCAGUUAUUGUUGACAAACAUAAAGAGGUAGUAGAGAGAAGGUUCUUGAGUCCUGAAUUUAUUCCCCCCAGAGGGAGAACAGAUCCUCUUAAAUUCUAUAUUGAAAGAACUGACAUGAUACGAAGGCGAAAAGUGCUCGACAUUCCAGAGUUCUAUGUUGGAAGCAUCCUUUCUGUUACCACAGCAGAUCCAUAUGCCAGUGACAAAACCAGCUGUUUUGUAGGAAUUUGCAUUCAAAGAGGAGGAAAAGGACUUGGUGCUACCUUUGUGCUUCGGAAUAUUAUAGAAGGGCAGGGUAUUGAGUUUUGCUAUGAACUGUACAGUCCUCGAAUCCGGGAGAUCAAGGUUUUGAAGCUGGAGAAGAGACUAGAUGACAACCUGAUGUAUUUACGGGAUGCUCUUCCUGAAUAUAGUACUUUUGAUGUUAACAUGAAACCUGUGCCCCAUUUAGCUAAUGAUGAAAUUCCUGUAAACAAGCUGAAAGUCAAAAUGAAACCUAGACCCUGGACAAAACGUUGGGAACGACCAAAAUUUAACAUUCAAGGAAUCCACUUUGAACUAUCUGAAGAAAUGAUGAAAGAAGCACAAAAGUGGAGCACACCCUGGAUAAAGUUUGAUAUGCUCCGAGAAUACGAUACUUCAAAAUUAGAGAAAGAAAUAUGGAAAGAAGUGAAUGAAGAGCUAAAAAAAUGAUACUGCUUUUAUACAGCAGAUUACUAAGGAGAGAGGCUACCUGAAUUUUUUAGAGAUAUAAUUCCUCAAUUGUGUAAGACUUGUAUAUAGUCAAUGUACAAUAAAGUAGUACAUUUGUGUAUAUACAGUGCAGUGAUUUUAACCUCCUUUAGUUCCCACUUUUGAGUAGGGGCAGUGAAUCCCAUUGUCUUCAGUAAAAUCUUGAGAAAUUAUCUUACCAAAGUAUUAUGUCCAGCCCCCUUUUCCAGGCAUUCUCAGUCUUUACAGUAAUAAAACAGGCCUUCACUGCUACACUUUCCAUGUUACUCAUUUGACAACAGGCCAUCGACACCUUGCUGGAUACACCACCAGUAGUUGUGGAGGGGGAAAUGUUACUUUGAAUAGUCUGACACAUGACAGACCAUGGAAGCUUUAAAGGGACAGAUGUGACCAGGGACUAGUCAAACUUUUCUAUUCCUAAAAGUUGUCUGUAUCAGUCUGAGCUAGGCAUUGCAUGUUCGGUUUAUCAGCAAGGUCACCAAGCUUCCCCCAAGAAAAUUGGCUGGCAGUGGGGGCAGUCAUUAGAUCUCAGGACAAGUAAACAACUCCAAAGAAGUACUACCUGCUGAAUUGCAUGCACUGGUUCAGUCUGGGUUCAAGAGGCCCAGCAAACAAAGAGCUUUAAGAAUAAAAGGUCAGACUCAACUGAGCCACAUCCUUCAUUGAUUUAAAAAAAAAAAAAAAAAAGAAAAAGGCAAGAUUGUAUCCAAGAAGGCAAAAUCCUCUUGGAAGGGUGUGAAGAACUGGCCAGGGUCUCCCUGUAGAAGAUGGGUGAUAGCUGGUUAGCUAGCAUACAGGUACACUAUUUACAGAGAAAAUAAAACAAUGCUUUUGUCCUAAAUGUAUUGUGCUUUAAAAAUGAGCUGGUCCCUAGUAACCCCCUCAUUAUCCCAGAGAGAGGGAGAGCUGCAGGUGUUGGACUAAUAAUCACUCUGAAUGGCAGGGGAACUAUAGCAAAUCUUUGGUAUAGAGGGAGAGGAGGACAGGCCUCUGUCCACACACAGGUGACAGCUGGAUGCCUGGGACCUAAAGGGGCACCCUCAAGAUGACCACUGUUAGCCAACAUGUACAUCACAUUAAUACUUAAUGCGCAUCUGUGACAGUCCCUACGAUUGUGUUCACAAUUUUCACUAGACUAUGAUUAAGGCUGCAUCCCUCAUGGAUUCUGUGACUUCUGCAGCGGCCGGUGUGUCUGGCCGUGGGGCUGCCUGAGCAGAUCAGGUAACCCCUGAGCCAGCAGCACCGGCCACCGCUGGGGCAGUUUGGGUGAGGGAGAGGGCUCAAGGCUGGGGCAAUGGGUUGGACUGCAGGGUGGGGCUUACCUUGGGGGGGUGGACUCCCUGGAAGCAGCAGGCCUGUCCCUGCAGCUCCUAGGUGGAGGGGCCAGGGGGCUCCAUGUGCUGCACAUCCUCCUCCCAUAGCUCGUAGUUCCUGGCCAAUGGAAGCUGGAGAGCCAGAGCUCAUGGUGGGGGCAGUACAGGAAGCCCCCAUGGCCUUCCCUCUCCUUAGGAGCUGCAGGGACAUAUGGAGCCAGAUAGGGACCCUUUGAACCUCCUACCCCCCCACCCCCAACUAGCAGGGGUCCCAAGCCACGCCCCCCCGCCCCCGACCACCUGUGGUCCCCCAGCCCAAGUUUUAGUUAGGGGUAUAUAGAAGUAGUCAUGGACAAGUCAUCGCUUCAUCAGAUGAAAGUAAUAAUGUCACCUUCAGCCCCCAACUAAAACCUCUCCAGCACAUCAUCAAGGAUCUACAACCUAUCCUAAAGGACAAUCCCUCACUCUCACAGAUCUUGGGAGACAGGCAGUCCUUGCUUACAGACAGCUUCCCAACCUGAUGCAAAUACUCACCAGCAACCACAUACCACACAACAAAAACACUUAAGCCAGGAACCUAUUGCAACAAAGCCUGUUGCCAACUCUGUCCACAUCUUUAUUCAAGGAACACCAAUAUAGGACCAAAUCACAUCAGCCACGCCAUCAGAGGCUCAUUCACUUGCACAUCUACCAAUGUGAUAUGUACCAGCAAUGCUCCUCUGCCAUGUACAUUGGCCAAACUGGACAGUCUCUAUACAAAAGAAUAAAUGGACACAAAUCAGACAUCAAGAAUUAUAACAUUCAAAAACCAGUCGAAGAACACUUCAACCUCCCUGGUCACUCAAUUACAGACUUCAAAGUCGCAAUAUUACAACAAAAAAAACCUUCAAAAACAGACUCCAACAAGAAACUGCAGAACUGGAAUUAAUUUGCAAAUUGGACACCAAUUAGGCCUGAAUAAAGACUGGGAGUGGAUGGGCCAUUACACAAAGUAAAAACUAUUUCCGCAUGCUAAUUUUUCCCCUACUGUUACUCAUGUCUUCUUGUCAAUUGUUUGAAAUGUGCCAUCCUGAUGAUCACUACAAAAGUUUUUUUUUUUCUCCUGCUGAUAAUAGCCCACCUUAAUUGAUUAGUCUUGUUAGAGUUAGUUUGGCAACAUCCAUUUUUUUCAUGUUCUCUGUAUGUAUGUGUAUAUGUAUAUCUUCCUACUAUAUCUUCCACUGCAUGCAUCUGAUGAAGUGGUCUUUAGCCCACGAAAGCUUAUGCCCAAAUAAAAUUUGUUAGUCUCUAAGGUG